GUGAAACAGUGUUUUUAUCGCCACGAAAUUAUGUGUAGGAUAUUAUAGCUUAUAAUACGUGAAAUUAGUGAAAUUGUUGAAGUAAUAUACAAAGUGUGAAUGGCAGCUGUGAAUUACGCAAGAUGAUUGUAUAUGUUAUGUUACAACAGUAUAAUAUAUAAUAUAAUAUUAUCUAGAGUAACCAAACGCGACCAGCGGAUAGUUAAGUUGUAUGUUUAUUUGACAGGGCACGUGAACAUCCAUUUACUUGUAAUACAUGUACAUUGAAAGUUUACGAAUAUAGCAGACUUCGUUAAUCGAUCGAUCGUCAAACGGCACGAUACCUCAAAUUCAAAAGUACCUGUAAAACGUACUAGUACCAAGCGUUCGAUGCGUGACAUGGGCCUUACACAGGUGGAGAAGAUUAUUCCAGGAGUCCGAUGGCUUCGAGGAUACAAUGCGCAGUUUGCAGUGGCUGACCUAAUCGCUGGGAUCACCGUUGGUCUAACAGUGCUACCACAAGGUUUGGCCUACGCUACAUUAGCUGGAUUGGAGCCACAGUAUGGAUUGUAUUCGGCUUUCAUUGGCGGCUUGGUGUAUGCGUUGAUGGGUGGCUGCCGAGAGGUUACAAUCGGACCGACAGCAUUGCUAGCGUUGAUGACCAGUCGGCACACUGGGUACGGUGGCGAUUCUGGUCCGCAGUUUGCAAUUUUACUAUGCUUUCUGGCCGGACUUGUCGAACUGUUGAUGGCAGUUCUACGGUUAGGCGCUUUAGUGGAUCUGAUAUCGCUGCCUGUGACGGUUGGAUUUACUUCAGCCACGGCACUUAUCAUUGGUGCAUCGCAGCUGAAAGCACUUCUGGGUAUUCGAGGAGGAUCCGGUUCGGGGUUUGCUGAAACUAUCAAAACUGUUAUCCAAAAUAUCGGAAGUGCUCGUGUUGCGGACAGUAUAUUGGGAUUAACAGCCAUAGCAGUGCUGUUGGCGUUGAGAAAACUGAAAGACAUCAAAACACCUGCACAAGCCGGCCAAGGGCGGAAAGCCCUUGGUAUGGCAUUAUGGUUGAUUGCAACGGCAAGAAAUGCUCUUCUGGUGCUGGUCACCAGUCUGCUUGCGUUCUACUUUGAUCGUCAGGGCGAGAGACCCUUCAUAUUGACUGGUACCGUAAGAAGUGGAAUUCCUGCAUUUAAUUUACCUCCCUUUUCCACACAAAUUUCUGGUCCUAACAACACAUCAACCGAGCUCGGGUUCAUCGAAAUGACUUCCGAACUUGGCGUGAACGUUGUCUUGGUGCCGGUGAUCGCAGUGUUAGGUAAUGUGGCGAUCUCAAAGGCGUUCGGUGGUAGCGGAAUCAACCCGACAAAGGAGCUAGUGGCCCUGUCACUGAGUAACAUUUUCGGAUCAUUCUUCAGUUCAAUUCCAGUUACGGGAUCAUUCUCCAGAAGUGCGGUUAACCAUGCUAGCGGAGUGAAAACACCGAUUGGUGGAAUCUAUACCACUGCUCUAGUGUUACUAGCUCUUGGUUUACUUACACCAUAUUUUCAGUUCAUACCGAAAGCAGCUCUUAGUGCAGUAAUCAUUUCAGCCGUAAUAUUUAUGAUCGAAUAUGAAGUUAUACGACCGCUUUGGAGGUGUAACAAACGAGAGUUGAUCCCGGGAGCUAUCACGUUUGUAUUGAGUUUGAUAAUUGGUGUGGAAUUGGGGCUGCUAGCCGGUGUACUAGCUGAUCUAGCAUUUGUGGUUUAUCGCACCGCGAGGCCGAUUUUAAGUGUUGAAGUCGCUUCAACACCUUUGGAUGUUCAGUACAUUAUCAUCCGACCACGACACAGCCUUCUGUAUUUUCCCGCCGUCGAGUGGGUGCGGAAUGGAAUAUCUAAAGCAAUUAAGAAGCAUGGAAACAUUCCAGUUGUGCUAGAUUGCCGGAUUGUUCAUGAAUUCGACUAUACUGCAGCAACUGGAUUGGGAGCACUUCAUAAAGAGCUAGAUGCCAAGAAAAUUCCCCUGUUGGUGCUGGGACCAUCCGACGAAGUACGAAUUAUGUUGCGUGAAACGUUAAAGAGUACCAUGUUAGAAGCUAGUACUGAACAGGAGUUGGAAUCUGUGCUGCAAGGUUUAAACUGCGAAAGCAAAAAGUACGAACUGGGAGAAGUUGUGACACCGUUACUUUCGCAAACGACCACCGAUCAAGCGAUUGUAAGAGCAGUUGUUGAUGAAUGACGAGACGCGGAUGAACUAACUAAAUUAAUUGUGUAAAUUAGGUUCGUAAGAAUGUGAUACUUGCGAUCCUUUUUUUCUUUAGGAAACGAAACGAAUUAUCUCUAUGAAGUAUCUCUUGGGAUAUCCCUAUGUUCCUCUCUUAGUAUAUUUUUGUAUAUAAUGGUAUAAAUUUCAGUAGUGAACACUGCCGUUUAUGUUCAAAUGGGUCUUACACACCCUUCCAAUCAUGCUACACCACUUCACUUUAAUUUUACAUCAUUGUAUUUAUCAAAUUUGUUUUCAAAUUAAAUAAAUUGGUUUUGCAUAGCUGGUUAAACCAUGGUCUGCUGCGUAGCCGACCUGACCUGGAUUCAAAUAUCAUCUCCAGCGCA